AAGAAGGAAGAACCUAAGAAGAAGGAAGAACCCAAGAAGAAGGAAGAACCUAAGAAGAAGGAAGAACCUAAGAAGAAGGAAGAACCUAAGAAGAACAAAGUCACCAAACUCCCUAAUGGCCUUAUCAUCGAAGACGUUAAGAUUGGUGAAGGUGCCUCUUGCAAAGCCGGUCAAAGGGUUGGCAUGCGUUAUAUUGGCAAGCUUACCAAUGGUAAAGUCUUUGAUAAGAAUGUUAGCGGCAAGCCUUUCAACUUCCUCUUAGGACGCGGUGAAGUGAUCAAGGGUUGGGAUAUUGGUGUUGCUGGUAUGAAGGUUGGGGGUGAACGUAAAUUGACGAUUCCCGCACCAUUGGCCUAUGGUAAACGCGGUGCUCCUCCUGACAUUCCCAAGAACGCUACUUUAGUAUUCGAUGUCAAAUUAGUCAGUAUGAAAUAAGUAUGCCCGCUAAUUUAACUUGCCCUUAUAAUAAAAAGUUCAUUAUGAUUAUAUAAAAGAAACUACAAAAAGUAAUUCUGUUUUGAACCCAUAAAUACAAAUUUGACAAUGCCCAG